AUGCUGCAAGAAUCGGCCGACUCGGAACCGCUAUGGCGGCCCUCUUCCCCGCAAACCACGCAAAUAUUCGAUUUUGGGUCCAAAGUCAGCCAGAAGCAUGGCUUUUCCUUUGCUAAUUACAAUGAUCUCUGGCAAUGGAGCAUCUCAAAGCCGGUAGAAUUCUGGGAGGAGGUCUGGAACUAUACCGCCAUCAAAGCUCACACGCCUUUUGACCAAGUCUUAGAGUCGGACAAGAUCCUGUUUCCCAGACCGCGCUUUUUCGAGGGAAGUAAACUUAAUUUUGCCGAAAACCUUCUCUACCCUGCAUCUUCACCGGACGAAGAUGCUGUGGCGGUAAUUGCGGCCACAGAGGUGGAUCGGGAGUUUGUGUCGUGGAAAGAACUACGGGAUCGAGUCCGCCAGUGCGCCAAUGCACUGAAAGGAGCUGGGUUGCAAACAGGAGAUCGGGUCGCGGGAUUUGUGGGAAACCAUGUUAACACUCUCGUUGCAAUGCUCGCAGCAGCAUCCAUUGGCGCUUUCUGGACCGGGGUAUCCCCGGACACGGGGGUACAUGCGGUGCUGGAACGUCUCCAGCAGAUUGAACCCAAAGUCCUAUUCGUCGACAAUGCCUCUCUAUAUAACGGCAAAGUACAUGGAGCGCAGGCCAAGGUCCACGAGGUUGUUUCCGGCCUACCGGCUUUGGAAAUCUUGGUUGUCUUUAACACCGUCAGCUCCCAUGGAUUCAAUCUUGACGGUGUGAAGCCUGUUCAGGGUAAAGCCUUCACGUAUGAAUAUUUUAUAUGCACAGUCCACAAUCCAUCUGCGCCUCUUGAAUUUGCCUCCCUGGAUGCCGAUCAUCCAGUAUAUAUCCUGUACUCAUCGGGUACCACAGGAGCACCCAAACCUAUCGUACAUGGAGCGCUAGGGACACUGUUGCAACACAAGAAGGAGCACGUCCUCCAUUGCAAUAUCAGACCUGGUGAUCGUCUGUUCUAUUUCACCACUGUGACAUGGAUGAUGUGGCACUGGCUCGUCUCCGGUCUAGCCAGUGGUGCUACGAUUGUCCUCUACGAUGGGUCGCCCUUCCGGCCGCUGGAUCCUGAGGGAGGAAAAGGCGAGAUGGCUAUGCCACGCCUUAUUGAUGAAUUGCAGAUUACUCAUUUCGGAACGUCUGCGAAAUAUCUCUCCAUCCUGGAGCAGACAUCAUUGAAUCCGCGAAAGCAUCCCCAUCGGCCGGCCUCUCUAAAAACGCUCAGAGCUAUUUUCAGCACUGCCUCCCCACUAGCCCCUUCAACCUUCGAAUAUGUCUAUUCUUCCAUUCAUCCGGAUAUCAUGCUCGGAUCCAUCACUGGGGGCACUGACAUCUUGUCCCUAUUCUGCAGCUGCUGUCCCAUUCUGCCUGUCUACAAGGGUGAGAUACAAUGCCGGAGUCUGGGGAUGGCUGUCUCCGUGGUUGACUACACUGGAAAUGACAUCGGCGCCUCCGGCGAUGCGGGAGACCUCGUUUGUGUUAGGCCCUUCCCAGCUCAGCCUGUGAUGUUCUGGCCACCUGGUCCGGAGGGAGCGAAGAAAUACCGGAAAAGUUACUUUGAGACAUUCGGGUCGUCAAUCUGGCAUCACGGUGAUUUUGUCCGUCUGAAUCCGCGGACUGGGGGUGUAUUCAUGUUGGGUAGAAGCGAUGGGGUGCUAAAGCCAGCCGGUGUCCGAUUUGGAAGUGCGGAGAUAUACAAUGUCCUCCUGCGACACUUUGCAGAAGAGGUCGACGACUCCCUAUGCAUCGGCCGGAGAAGAGAAGGUGUAGAUACAGAUGAGACGGUCAUCCUGUUUGUGAAAUUGGCCUCCCGCAGUGAUGGUCAUCCGCCUGUGGCUAUGCCGAGCGACCUCGCCGCACGUAUCCAGGCUACGAUCCGCAAGGAGCUCAGCCCACGACAUGUUCCAGGCAUCGUAGACGCAUGCCCGGAGAUUCCGGUGACUUCGAACGGCAAGAAGGUUGAAGGUGCCGUGAAACAGAUCCUGUGCGGGCUGAACAUAAAGAUUGGGGCGAGUGUCGCAAACGCCUCUUGUCUUGACUGGUAUCGCAGAUGGGCUGCCGAGCAUCCAUGA